CGUCAUCCUCCUCUACUAAAUAUCCGUCCGCCUGACGAACCAUCCUAUCCUACUACUCUUUCCAGACUAUCUGUAUAUAUAUUCUAUCACCAAUACGAUCUCAAGAUGUCUGCUACGAUGGAUGCCGCGCGCCGCUUCUUCCUGUCGCCGCAGUUUGCUGUGGCGGGGGCCAGCAACGAUCGCAGCAAAUUUGGCUACAAGAUCUUUGCCUGGUAUCAUCAACACUCUCUGCCCGUUACUCCCCUCAACCCUCGCGCCCCGGAGAUCGAGCUGCCGUCGCAGAAUUAUAAGACGGUCCCAUCACCCCGCGACUUGCCCAACCCCGACCAGACUUCCUUGUCUAUUGUGACCCCUCCCCCAGUGACUCUUGCCCUUCUCAAGGAGGCUCACAGUGUGGGGAUCCCCGCUGUCUGGCUACAGCCAGGCACGUAUGAUAAGAGUGUGUUGGACUUUCUAGAUGGUCAUUUCGCAGCAGCGGUAGUGGGAGAUGGUGGUGUGGGCGGCGAGGGUUGGUGUGUGCUGGUGGAUGGCGAGGAUGCAUUGCGAGAGGCCCAUCGCGAGUGGAAGGCUCAGCUGUAGUUAGGCUUCAUGUGAAAUAAAUAAC